AUGAGGAAGUACGUGGUUGACAACUCCAAACCGAGGACUGAUUUGGAAUAUGACCCCUUGUCCAACUUCUCAGCUUCUUUGCGAUCUAGUCGUUGUUCUAAAUACAAACCAGGUAAUGAGCAGAAUGGGAUAAGUGGGCAAGGUGUGAAUAGGACGAUAGAGAAGUUUGUAAGGGGAACCAAACUAUUCCGCCUUCUCAAGAGCUCACUGACUCACAGGCUAGUCGAAACAACCUAGUUGAUGACUCUGAUGAAGAAGGGGUCCUCAUCAUUGAUAUUCCACCUCUGGAGAGCGACAGGAAGAAGAGUCGAGCUCAGAAGCCCUGUAAGACCACCACAAACCUUCCACAGGAAGUCAAAGCGGAAGUCAACCCUAUUCCUGUUGCUGUUCCUACUGUGGCUGAUGCUCCACUUGCUAUUCCACUUCCUGUGUCCACUCCUAGUCCUGAAGUAGUCAACGUCAUAUCCCCACCUGCAGUGUCUGAGAUUGUGAAAGAUGAGGUCAUAAGUGUUGUCAUAUCUAGUGUUUCUGCUAGUCAGGAAAUUGAAGGCAAACCCAGUGCUGAGAGUGUGUUCAAUGACCUGUCAAAAUGCUUGGAAAACCUGAGGAGUGAAAGUGAGAGAAUUGUUUGUUACCAAGAGGCUGAGGCCACUGCGGAAAGCAACUGUGAGACAGAUCUUGAGUGUCCCAAAAUGGAUGCAUCAUCUUUACAGACACGUCACCAUAAUGAUCCAGUUGGUAAUGCAGAUGUCGAUUUACUGAUGGCAGAGCCUGGAUUGCUUGAAAGUGAGCUUGCCUCCAACUGUGUUGAGAACAGUAACCCUCUUCAACCCAAUGAAUCUCAUAUGGACAUCUUCAAUACCUCAUAAGGUUUCAGUCCCUCCCUCGGUCUCCUCCCCCCAUAUACUCCCCAUUGAGACCCAGAGAAAUAAACAGCCAGCAACACAGAGCUCGGCUCAGAGUUACUGGUCACCUGUACAAAGCUUAUCAUCAGUGCCAUGUCUUCAGAAAAUACCAGGCCAAAUUCCAGGGCAUGAUUUUGCCUUGCCUAGUCCAGUUCCGGCAACAAACUUUGUAGAGCAAGCAGCCACUACCGCGGGUAUCACAAAAUGCCAGCUGUUAUAUGGGCCAACUAUUGGAAUAGAAUUAGAAUCUGCUCCUUUUGAACCACCUGCCAUGGAAGAAGUGAAUGAACAGGUUAUUGAUCCGAGUUUUGAGGAGCUUGAGUAUUCUGAGUUAUCUGAUGGUGAUACAAUGGAGGAAUGCUACCGUAUCUUCAUGGAGGAAGCCAACAAGGGUGAAGAGGGAUCCACAGACCAGGCUGGUACACACACACAUUCCCACAUUGGGUAGGAUAGUUGGACAGUUGGAGAUGGGAACAUGUUGACAUUAUGUGUUUCAGAUAGGAGAUGUGGACGUGGAGACACCAGGGUUAGCUGUGAAACCCAAACCGUUGCCUGGACCUAGGAAGAGGGUUGCCCAUGUGUCCAGAUAUACUGAGGUACGCUAUGAUUGAAGGCUACAACUCAAGCAUAUGAUUUACAUUUAACUGUGAUUCAUGAAACUGUUUUUUUUGUAAUUUACUGUCUUCCUGUCCGAUAGCCACCGGUGGCCAAAAGCAAAGCCCAGGUGAUUGUUCCUUUCCGAGGUGGAGGAACCCCCCAGUUGUCCAACCCCUCUGAGAUCCAGCAGCUGCAGCACAGGGCCUCUGUGUUGUCUGCUGCUUUGAAAGGAGGCCAGGCGUUCGUCUAG